GCCAUUCAUUCCUUUGGUGCGUCACCAUGGCUCACCUCCUCCGCGGUCUCAACCAGGCAUACCGGCGAUCACUCCGUAUCCCUGGCGGUCCAGUCUCACGCCACGUCUAUCCCGCAAGGGCACCUGCUUCUAUCAAGAGUGUUCGGGUAAUCCACGAUUCAAGCACAAACCGUGCAGCAGUAGCCGCUCAUGUUUCCGCUUCUCCGCAGCAGGAAUCGACGCUCAAGACUCCGAUUGUGGAAGGUUCAGCCAUCAAAGCGUACUCGGAUACGGUCAAUGACUUCGUGGGCGUCCCGAACAUCUGGCUGAGGGACAAUUGCCAAUGUAGCGCUUGUGUGCAUGAAGUCACAAAGCAGCGUCUUCUCGACACCUUUCAGAUCCCGCGCGACAUCUCCAUCACGUCGGCUGUCAAAGAUAGCCAGGGUGUCAAGGUAGCUUGGAGCGACGGUCACAAAAGCUACUACAACGAUGAUUUCCUCGCCCAAGCUGCCUUGAAGAACAAUGGUGUCAUACGUCAAGGUCUCGAAAAAACCACACUGUGGUACAGUUCAAUCAGCGACAACCCACCAAUUGUCCAAUACGACGCCGCCAUGAACUCCAACGAAGGACUAAAAGAGUGGCUCUCCAAGAUCCGCGAAUAUGGCUUCUGCUACGUCGACGGCACUCCACCAACCCCAGAAGCAACCGAGCAACUCCUCGAGCGCAUCUCCUUCAUCCGCGUCACCCACUAUGGCGGCUUCUACGACUUCACCUCCGACCUCGCCUCCAAGGACACGGCCUACACCAAUAUCGCCCUGGACGCGCACACCGACACGACCUACUUCUCCGACCCGGCCGGCCUGCAAGCCUUCCACCUGCUCUCGCACACGGCCGGCGCCGGCGGCGCCUCGCUGCUCGUCGACGGCUUCCGCGCCGCCGCCGACCUCCAGGCCCAGGACCCGCAGGCCUACGAGCUGCUCAGCCGCGUCAACGUCCACGCGCACGCCAGCGGCAACGCCGGCAUCAGCAUCCAGCCCUACCGCGGCUUCCCCGUGCUGCUGCACGACGAGCGCGACGGGCGCCUGGCGCAGGUGCGGUGGAACUCGAGCGAUCGCGCGGGGAUCGAGUUGCCGCUGGAGGUGGUCGGGAGUUGGUAUGAGGCUGCCGCAAAAUGGCACGCCCUCGUCUCCGCCCCGGAAUACGAGUACUGGUGCCAGCUCACGCCCGGCCGCGUCGUCGUCUUCGACAACUGGCGCGUCAUGCACGGCCGCUCGGCGUUUACGGGCAAGCGCCGCAUCUGUGGGGGGUAUGUGAAUCGGGAUGAUUUCAUCUCGAAGUUUAAGGUGCUGAAGUGGGGGCAGGAGGGGGUGCUGAAGGCGCUUGCGGUGGGUUAGGGUGGUGAGAAGGAAUGGAUGGAUGGAUGGAUGGAAGGUGGAGUAAGGGGUGGGUUUGUCUUGUGUGCUAAAAGUAGAGGAAGGUCGAGACUGAGCUGCGAGUUAUUAGCGGUGCAUCUGAGCGUUGAUGGGGUUUGUGAGCGAGGUAUCUAGCCGGUUUGUGACGAUUUAGAUGCGAUGAGAUGCAAUGUGAUGAGAGAGGCGGAAAAGUGGAUAUGCAGAGUAGCUCCAGUGAGGU